AGAUCCUCCGAUCGAGCAGCAUGGUCGAAACGUACGCGAACGCAGUGGCCGCGCUCGGGGUUGACCUCGUAGAACGCGUGAAGAUGGAGUUUCGGAGCCGGGACCGACUGCAAGCCGGCGUGUUGAGCCUCGUGGAGUGCGCGUACAUCUUGCGCAGCCAGGGCUUCUGCCCCACGGAGCCGCAGUUGCAGCAACUCUCUGCGUUGGGGAUUCCUGCUUCGACGGCUUCGCCUUCGCGGGACCCAGCAACCGCGCGCGGCGCGACUGGGUCUCUCAAAGUGGUGGAACAGAACGAAGUCACGGAGAUUUCGCUGAAGACACUGCUGGCUGGCGCGUGCAAGAUUGGGCGCCCAGAGCCCCGUCGCGCGGAGCUCUACGCUUUUUUUCAGCCGUAUGACGCGCAAGACACUGGCUUUGUCCCAAUCCCAGUCUUUCGAAACUUGCUGGAGAAUGUAUCAAAAUGAAAAAUGCCCCCACCCCCGAACUUGGGAGCAUUUGUAUUGCAAACCUUUCCAAAUGAAACAUUCGCCCUCUUGCAUCUAUCAGCAUCACAGGUUUCCAAUCGUGAAUGGCAAAGAUUUGUAUUGCAAAAGACCCCAGCAAGAGCGGCGCUUGUCAUGCAAGCGAUGCGAUAUACGCCUAGAUUCUGCAGCAGAAAGAUUUGCACUCCUUUCAUGCAUGACAAAAAGUUUUCAUUUGGAAACUUCGCAUCACAAAUUUUUCCAAUUUUAGGGGUGGGGGGCAUUUUUCACUGUAAUAGAAUGUGGGGGACUGCUUGCCUCCGGAAGAGGUGCAGGAAAUUCUGACAGAGCUGACUCUGUCAAACAACACCAUGGAAAAUACGGUAGAUUACAAGAGCUUUAUCGACCUCAUCACACAAGAUCUAUGAGGAAAAUAGUCAUCCGUGCUGGAUGUAGUCGUAGAUUACCCAAAAGGUGGUGCCGCGUGGACGUGCUUUGUGUUGUUC